AUGGCUACAAAUCAGUCUGAAUUUGCUGAAAUAUACCAAUACGCCAAAAGUAACAUAAAUCAUGAUGCAAUCUAUCGAGCAAUUUUAUACAAUUCGUCUUUCCUAACGACGAUACCACCGAAUGAAACAUUAUCCAUUUUACAUCAUAUUGUAAGUCAUGGCAAUUUAGACUUGUUUAGUAGUGUAAUUGCUAUUCCACACUUAAAAUUUAUUCUAUUAGCCAAAAGUACAGGAAAACCAUCAAAAGAUAUCCUCGAAAUUUCAUAUGAAAAUAUAAAAAAAAGUCCACAGCAUAAAGCGCUAUUUAAAAGAAUAAAAGAAUUAAAUGAACUUGAUACAUUUAUUGAAUAUGCAAAACACAAUCAACGUGAAAAAUGGAAACAAAUGUUAAAUGGAACGGAUACUGAUUUAGUUAAUAUGAAACCACCUUAUAGAAAAUAUUAUUUAAUACAUCAUCUAGCUUACACCAAUAACCGUCAUGAUUUUGAUGAGCUAAGAAAUGUGGCUGGUUGUCAUAUUAACAUGUUACUAUUAACUAAUGAUGGUAAAACAGCAGCUGAAGUAGCAUUUGAGAAUCAUCAUAAAGAUUUUGGAAAUUAUUUAGAAUCACUCUCACCGGAAAUGAGAAACAUACGUGAAAAACAUCAAGCAAUGAGCCGAUAUACAAUAAUACCAGAGAAACACGAAACUUAUGUUGAAGGACAAUUAAAGUCAUUGCAAUCACCAAAUAAUAUGUUGUCAUGUUUUACAUGUCCAUUAACAAAGGAAUUAUUUAUUGAUCCCGUCGUUUGUGCCGAUGGAUUUACAUAUGAACGAACAGAGAUUCAACGAUGGUUAAAUGGUGGUCAGACUAGAUCGCCAAUGACCAAUAUGGAGUUAUCCAACACGAAUUUAGUACCGAAUCUUGUCCUAAAAUCAGCAUUGGACGAAUUGAGAGCGAAAGCACACGAAAAAUGA